AUGAACAAACCAUUAGUAGAGUGUGUACCCAACUUCUCAGAGGGCAGAGAUAAGAAUAUUAUUGAUGCAAUUAGCAAGGCUAUUAGUGAUACACCAGGCUGUACGCUGUUGGAUGUUGACCCAGGAAAGUCGACAAAUAGAACUGUGUACACGUUUGUUGGUGAUCCCGUGGCCAUUGUGAACGGCGCUCUCAAUGCCACUCGCGUCGCAUUCAAGUUGAUCGAUAUGACCAAGCACACUGGCGAGCAUCCCCGCAUGGGCGCCCUCGACGUCUGUCCAUUCGUGCCAGUGCGCGACGUCACAAUGGCCCAGUGCGUGCAGUGCGCCAAGGAGUUUGGCAAACGCGCUUCCGAGGAGCUGGGCGUACCCAUCUUCUUGUACGAGGAGGCCUCCGAUCGUGACUACAGGAAGCAACUCAAGCAGAUCAGACAGGGCGAGUACGAGGGUCUAGAGAAGAAGCUGCAGGAUCCACAGUGGGCCCCAGACUUUGGUCCAGCCAAGUUCGUGCCCUCCUACGGAGGCUCGGUCACUGGUGCACGUAACUUCCUUAUCGCCUACAAUGUCAACAUCCUCGGCACCAAGGAACAGGCACACAGGAUCGCCCUCAACGUUCGUGAGGCAGGCCGCAGCGACAAUGAGCCAGGCCGUCUCAAGUUCCUCAAGGGUAUCGGAUGGUACGUCGACGAGUACAACAUGGCUCAGGUGUCGAUGAACCUGGACAACUACCAGGUGACACCACCACACGUCGUCUACGAGGAGUGCUCAAAGGACGCUCGCGAGCUCAACCUUGCCGUGACUGGAUCCGAGAUCGUCGGACUCAUCCCACUCGAGGCCAUCCUCAUGGCCGCCGACUUUUAUAUCAAGCGCGAGGGACUGUUCAUCAUUGACGAGGGACAGAAGGUGCGUUUAGCCAUCGAGCGUCUGGGCCUCAGCUCAUGCAGCUUCUUCGAUCCAAAGAAGCGCAUCAUCGACUACAUGGUCCAGGAGGACAAGAAGAUCACCGAGCCCUUGGCAUCCAUGUCCGUGCGCUCCUUUGUCGAGCUGCUCGGCUCACGUACCCCAGCUCCAGGUGGUGGCAGUGCCUCCGCCCUCAUCGCCUCAAUGGGUGCUGGUCUCGGCGCCAUGGUCGGCUGGAUGACCUACGGCAAGAAGAAGUUCGAAGCUCUCGACUCUACAAUGAGAGAGUUGAUUCCACCCUUGGACAAGGCUAUGAAGGACUUGAUCCCAUUGAUCGAUGCUGAUACACAUGCCUUCAACGACUUUGUAAAGGCAAUGGGAGUGAAGGGACCGGGGAAGGAGCAGGCCAUGACCGAUGCAUUGAAGCAGGCGGUCAACGUGCCAUUGGCCACGAUGAGAGUGGCCAACACAUGCUGGCCAUCAAUGAUCAAGAUGGCAGAGCACGGCAACAUUGCCUCCAAGUCCGAUUUGGAGGUUGGCGCCAAGGCAUUGGAGACAGGAGCUUGGGGUGCCUUCCGCAACGUUAACAUCAACCUUGUCGACAUGAAGGACGAGCAAUUCAAGGCGACUGCACUGAAGGAGGCCAACGACAUCAUGAGCAACACUGAAGCAUGCUGCAAGCAAGUUUUGGACAUCCUUGCCAAACGAUCAUCAUAA